AUGACUAUCAAUUUAUCUGCCAAACAAGUACCCGAACUGCUCCCGCCCGCCCCUUCGCAGGCGUACCUUGAGGAGAGCUAUGCACCUGAGAUGCUGGCUGCGAUUGGAACGUUAUUUGCAUUGGCGAUGAUAUGCGUGCUGCUACGAGUUUACGUAAGGGUCGUUAUGCUAAAGGUGUUCGGCGUCGAUGAUUGGUUGAUGAUGCUUUCAGCGGCUUUAAGUGUAGCAUGCUACUCUUUUUUCGCCGCACUCACGCAUGUUGGAGUAGGCCAUCACGUUGAGUACUUCACCUAUGUACGGCCUGAUCACCGGAAGAGAUUCUUCGAGAUAUCAUGGUGGUAUGCCUGGAUACUUGUUGUCGCUUAUUCUAGUAUCAAGAUAUCCAUUGCUUGCUUCCUACUUCGAUUCUCGGAUCAUCGCCGCCAUUGGCAAUGGUCGCUAUAUGCCAUGAUAGUCAUUUUAAUCCUGUUCACCAUUGGAUCCGUUCUCUCAUUGGUAUUGCAAUGUUUACCCAUUCAAGCAGCAUGGGACUUCAGUUUGCGGCCGCCUAUAGGAAAUGCAAACUGCUACUCGACCACGACUUUUCGAAAUACUGGCGUCUUCAACUCCGUGUUUAACUUGGCUACUGAUCUCAUCCUCGCUCUAUCGCCCAUGCCCAUUAUAUGGAAGAUACAGACAGAUCUACGAACUAAGAUCUCACUAUGCAUCGUCAUGGGACUCGGCCUAUUUACCUGCGGUGUGGCUGCCUACAAGAUACCCCUCCAGUUCCACUUCUUUGAUGAGAAAGACUUCUUAGGCCAGGGAGCAUGGUAUUACGUCUGGCAACAGUAUGUCUCCAAUACUAUCGCUUCUUCCAAAGGUUUCCCAUUCUGA